GUAAGAGCUGCAGGGACCAGCCAGAGCUCACAGCUGCUAGAGAUGGCCAAGAAGCUGCUAGCUGUGCUCCUGCCCAUUCUCCUCUGCCUCAUCGGGGUGAUAGGGAUCCUGCUGCUGGCUCUGCCUGCAAGGGACGUCCAUGAGCCCCCCAAAUAUAAGUAUGGUAUAGUACUGGACGCGGGCUCCUCUCACACCGCACUGUUUAUCUACAAGUGGCCUGCAGACAAAGAAAAUGACACGGGCAUUGUGAGCGAGCACAGCAUGUGUGAUGUCCAUGGUCCCGGGAUAUCCAGCUAUUGGGAGAAUCCACCCGAGGCUGGGAAGAGCCUGGAGACGUGUCUGCAGCAGGCUGUAAGCGACAUUCCCUCCAGUCGGCAUUCCAUCACUCCCCUCUACCUAGGAGCCACCGCUGGGAUGAGACUGCUCAACUGGACUAAUGAGAAAGCCUCGGACAAUGUUCUCGAAGCUGUGAGCAGCACACUGAAGUCGUAUCCCUUUGAAUUCCGAGGGGCCAAGAUUCUGUCCGGUCAGGAUGAGGGAGUGUUCGGCUGGGUCACGGCCAACUACCUCAUGGAGAGCUUCAUCAAGUACAGCUGGGUGGGACGCUGGUUCCAGCCCAGGAAAGGGACUCUGGGAGCCAUGGAUCUUGGUGGAGCAUCCACACAAAUUACUUUCGAAACCUCGGACAAGAUUGACAACCCCGAGAAUGAAAUGAACCUGCGGCUGUACGGCCAGUCCUAUCGGGUAUACACCCACAGCUUCCUGUGCUACGGGCGAGACCAGGUCCUCAAGAGGGUCCUGUCCAAAGUGCUGAAGGAACAAGGUUACAGUUCGAAUGUUCAGAAUCCAUGCUGGCCCAAGAAUUAUGACAGUUCUCUAACACUUGGGGAUGUGUAUGAGAGUCCGUGCACACAGAGUGAGAAGCCUCCUAACUAUGACUCUUCACAGUCCAUCCAGAUGAGUGGCAGCGGAGACGGAGUCCAGUGCCGGGGAAUUGUAGAUAGCAUCUUCCAGUUUACCGACUGUCCAUACUCCUCGUGUUCUUUUGAUAAAAUCUUCCAACCCAAAGUGACUGGAAAAUUCAUUGCUUUUGCAGCUUAUUUUUACACCGUAGACUUCAUGAAAUCUGUGAUGAAGAUGCCAGUUGACUCACUAGACGAUCUGCGGAUGGCGACCGAUGCCAUCUGCACCUCCAGGUUCGAUGAGCUUUCCAGCAAAGCACCCUCGGGUCUGAAAAAACAUCUGAACGGCUAUUGCGCCACUGCUAACUUCAUCUACCUGCUGACCAGCAAAGGGUACAAGUUUGACAAUGACACCUUCCCCAACAUCGUGUUCCAGAAGAAGGCUGGUGACACCUCCAUUGGCUGGGCUCUUGGAUACAUGCUGAACCUCACCAACAUGAUACCUGCAGAACAACCUUCCAUUCUCAAAGCCACUGACUUCAGCUCCUGGGCCGCCCUCAUCUUCCUCUUCGUGGUUAUCAUUCUUGUGGGUCUGAUUAUCUUCUUCACCACCUUUAGGUCCAAUAAACAGGCUGAAACCAUAUGAUGCGAGACGGCCGCGAAUGGGUCAAGUCAUAGUGUCCCUCUGCCCAAUAGAGAGGAUUGUACAACUUAUCUAGGUCCCCCAUAAUCCUAAUUGGGGGACGGGGGACGUUUGUGACAUCUUCAUAUAUGGUUGCUGAAGCUUGGGCAUGAAACCUAACAAUGGACUGGAUGUCUAUACCGCGCCUACAUGGAAGAUCCCUGAUGAAGGAAACAAGUUUUAUUUUUUAAAUGACACCUUGAUAUUUUAUUUUUUAAAAUAUUUUUUUCCCCCAAAUGGUCACACAUUUUCUACUCUGCUAAAUGUGAAAUUUAUAUGGCGUCAAACCACUGUACCCCAUAAUGUAUGUAAGUUAAAACCGAUAUAUGGUUGGCGAUGGCAACUGGUCAAAUGCUAGCCUAUAAUCUCUAAUAUUCACUUAGGAAUGUGAUUUUUUAAUUUGUGGCACCAAUAAAUCCAUAGUGUUUUAUAUGGCUACUUACAUGUGAGGGCUGAUAUAGCUGUCCAUGUAGAGGUUCAAUAUGGGAUUCUUUAUAUCUGCGGUUCAUGUUCCCUCUGGAUGGGAAGGAAUAAAUGAGAAAAAAGGUUAUGAAUCAAACAAAAGGAGGAAUGGGCGGCAGCAGCAGCCGGGGGCUUCUACUUCCACCUGCUGCGAUCACAGACCUGUAAAUGGACAAUUAAGAUGCUUCACACAAAAACUCUUUCCUUAUCUUGCUUCAGUCCACCACCUGCGCCCCGUGGCCAUGACGUGAUGAUAAAGCAAGUCCCUACAUCUUUUUAAGGCCUCUUGCACACGACCGUA